GCGAUGCAGCCGCCACCGCGCAAGGUGAAGCUCACCCAGGAGCUGCGGGUCCAUCUCCUGGAGCAGCUGUCGGGCCUGCAGAGCAAACAGCAGAGGGAUGCCGAGCUGCUGGAGGACAUCAGGUCCUACAGCAAGCAGAGGGCCACCAUUGACAGGGAGUACGGGCAGGCGCUGCAGAGGCUGGCGAGCCAGUUCGUGAAGAGAGACUGGCAGCGGGGCCGUGGCGAGGCCGGCGACUCCAGGAGCGUGGCUGCUGUCUGGAGAGGUGUCAUCGAGGGGACAGCACACGCCGGGCAGCUCCGUGUCACCUCCUCCGAGAGUUACCGAGCCCUGGCCGCCGAGGCCGCCCGCAGCGCCCGCCUCGCCAAGGAGAGGACACUCAAGAAGGGCAUCGAGAGGCUGCAGAAGGCGCAGGCGGAGCUGCUGGAGACGGUGAAGGAGCUGGACAAGGCCAAGAAGCAGUUCAGCCACCUCCAGCGCAGCAGCGAGGUGGCCAAGGACAAGGCGGCCGAUGUGGAGGCACGCCUCCGCAAGAGCGACCGGCGGAUAUUUCACACCAAGGCCAGUCUGCAAAAGCUCAGUGCCAAGUUCUCAGCACGACUGGCUGAGCACUCAAGGCAGCUGGCAGGGGUGCAGAACGAGUACAGCUUCGCCCUGGUGUCUGCCUCUGCCCACCUGGAGCAUUACCAGCGUGUGGAGCUGCCCGCGGCCAUGCAGGCACUGGACGGGGACCUCUACGAGCGCCUCCGGGAGCAUUUGUCGGUCACCAGCCGGACGGAGGUGGAGACCUGCCGGGCCACCCGGGACUGGUUCCAGGGUGUUGUGGAGGCAUCUGCACGGGUGUGCUGGGAGCAGGACCUCCUCCUCUUCCUGCAGGACCACCCCGCCUUCUCCUUGGCGCCCAAGCAGCGCUUCCAGCUCGCCGGGGUGGAGGAGGUGUGCCUGCUGCCACCAGCAGACGACGGGGCCAGCCUGGAGAAGGAGGCACGGCGCUGGGCCACACGGGUGGCCCGGGACCACAAGAACAGGGCACACAGUGAGGAGGUGCUGCAGCGGCUGGAGGCCAGGAGGCAGCAGGGGCUGGAGGCGGAAGCGGCGGCCGUGGAGCGGCAGAUGGAAGAAGCGAGGGAAAACAUCCGGAAAGCAGAGGUGAGCCGAGUGAAGGCGGAGGCACGGCUGGCACUGCUGCGGGCGGCAGGGCUGGAUGUGGACACCUGGCUGGCUGGAGCCAUGGUGGGGACAGGUGAGGAGACCCCCACGGGGCUGGACCCAUCUGAGUUUGAUGACUACGAGGACAGUGACGAGCCAGAUGAGGACAACGAGCCUGGGCCUGCUGCUCGCACCUACCCCUACACCUGCCGGGUGAUCUUUGGCUACCAGGGCUGCCAGGCAGAUGAGCUGUCCAUCAGCCAAGGCGAGGAGCUGGAGAUCAUCGAGGAUGGGGACGCAGAGGAAUGGGUGAAGGCUCGGAACAAGGCAGGGCAGGUCGGCUAUGUCCCUGAGAAGUACCUGCUGUCCCUGGGGUGUGACUCGGGGGCUGGGCUCGGCCCCCCAGGACCCUCUGCCUUGCACCGCCAGCUCUCCAGCAUCAUGGCUGCAGAACUGGUGCUGGAGCCUGGAGCCUGGCUGGUGCGAGCCCUGUACGACUACGAGGGGCAGAGCCCCGAGGAGCUGAGUUUCCCUGAGGGUGCCAUCAUCCGGGUGCUGCCCCGUGCCGCUGGCGAGGUGGACGAUGGCUUCUGGACCGGAGACUUCGAUGGCCGCGUCGGCGUCUUCCCCUCCCUGGUGGUGGAGGAGCUCACCGGGGGCCGCGAGGCAGCCGGGCAGGAGCUGCCAUCACCGUCCCCUCCGCCCUUCUCCCCUCCCGGCCUC